AUUGACAGCACUGAUAGGUGGCACUGAUUGGCAUUGAUAGGUGGCACUGACUGGCACUGAUGGGUGACAUUGAAAGGCAGCUCAGAUGGGCACUGAUAUGUGGCAUUGAUGUGCACUGGUAUGCACUGAUAUGUGGCAUUGAUGUGGCACUGAUGGGCACUGGCACGUGGCACUGAUGAGCACUGACUGCUGGCACUGAUGGACACUGACAGGUGGCACUUCUGGGGCCACACUGAUCAUCAGAGCACACUGAUCAUCAGUGCCCUGAUGAUCACUGUCAGCGUGACAGCUC